AUGAGUAGAAUUUUCAAGUAUGAUGUUGUGACUUUAAUCGAAGCAAUAGAAAAUAAACCUUGUUUGUGGGAUAAAACUGCAGAUUGCUUCAAGGAUAAGAUUGAAAAAGAAAAAGCGUGGAAGGACGUGUGUGCGUUUUUUGAAGAAGAUUUCCUAGAAAAGGACAAAAAGGAACAACACAAAAUAGGUGAAGCAAUUCGUGGGAAAUGGCAAAAUAUCCGUGACUCUUUUGUGAAGUCAUUGAAGAAAAAAUUUGGACAAGCCACUACAAAAAAAUAUAUGUACCAUGAUAACCUAACAUUCUUGCUGAAAGUGGUACAAUCAGACGACACCAGUGGCGGCUCGUGCCAAUUCAGUGAGGUAGUGCCAGAAUGGAAGCCAUAA